AUGUCCAAAAUAGAUAUCAUAACUGAGUCCGUCCAAAAUGGCCACACAGGCGAGCCCGAGUCCAUCCUGUACACUCAAUCGCAGAUGGUGGGCCACGGCUCGUUUGGUGUUGUUUUCCAAACGCAGAUCUUACCCAGCAACGAGAUUGCCGCCGUCAAGAGAGUUCUCCAGGACAAGCGUUUCAAAAACAGAGAACUCCAGAUCAUGCGCGUUGUCCACCACCGCAACAUUGUCGACUUGAAGUACUAUUUCUACACCAACAACGAAAAGAACGAGCUCUACCUUAAUUUGAUCUUGGAGUUUGUUCCGGAAACAUUGUACAAGGCGUCGCAUUACUACGUGUCCAAGCGAUUGCUGAUGCCUGCUUUGGAAGUGAAGUUGUACACCUACCAAAUGUUCCGAGCCUUGAAUUACAUACACUCGCAAGGCAUCUGUCAUCGAGAUAUCAAGCCGCAAAACUUGUUGAUCAAUGCUGAAACUGGCGUGUUGAAGUUGUGCGAUUUUGGCUCGGCAAAACUCUUAAAUCCUGCCGAGCCCAAUGUCUCGUACAUCUGCUCCAGAUAUUACAGAGCGCCCGAAUUGAUCUUUGGCGCCACGAAUUACACUACAAAAAUCGACGUUUGGUCCGCAGGCUGUGUGAUGGCCGAGUUGAUUGUGGGGCAGCCGUUGUUCCCUGGAGAGUCAGGUGUGGACCAAUUGGUCGAAAUCAUCAAGAUCUUGGGCACACCAACCAGAGAACAAAUUAAGAGCAUGAAUCCAAACUACACCGAGUACAAGUUUCCGCAGAUCAAGCCUAUUCCCUUGUCGAAGAUUUUGAAGAAGACGUCCAACGACUGUAUUCUGUUUUUGGUGAAGGUGUUGGAGUACUCUCCUGUGGACAGAAUUUCGUGCGUCGAGGCCUUGUGUGAUCCAUACUUUGACGAGUUGAGGCAGGAGGCCACCAAACUUCCAAACUACCGAAAGUUGUUCAGCCAGCAGUUUUACAACGGAGCAUCGUCGCAUAACCCUCACCUGAACAAUGCCAAUUACCAGUUGUAUUCGAGCCAGCCCGAUUCGCGCGAGCUUCCCGAGUUGUUUGAUUUUGACGAUAGAGAAUUGUCUGUCGAGCCAAAAUUGAACAGCGCCAUGGUCCCUGACUUUGCAUUAAACCGCUUGAAAAUUACUCGAGGAACCUCCUUGAGUGACUUUGUGCCCAUGUCGCCUGAGGAGUUGCGGGUGACAUUAGAGUAG